AUGUCCUUCAAGAAAUCAAGCAAUGCCUCCAAAGAACCCAAUGUAGAAGCCUGGACAGUAACACCUCUUCCGGAAGAGUCCACAGAGUCCAGCAAACCAGUCAAGUCGUCCAUCACCUCGUCCAUCAAUUCGUCCUCGUCGUCGUCCUCGCCAACGACCAGCAAUCUGGAACCUGCAACGGCCUUUUCCAGAUCGUUGGCUGCAAUCUUGACACCCAAAGCUGCCUUGACUUCCUUCAAGUGA